AUGGACGAAAUAGCAUUAAUAUUGUUUGUACAACAAUAUGAGGAGUUGUAUAAUUUGCAACAUCCCCACUAUAUGAAUCAGCAAAGGCGGGACAACAUAUGGGAAGAGAUUGGGGAACGAAUGAAUGAGACUGUAAAACUGCAAGAGUUGUUGGCAAUCCAAAAUAUUUGCGUACGGCGCGGGCGGUGCGUGCGUGCUAAUGUGCGAGGCCAUCAGGAAAAUUCGGCGCGUACGGCGCGUACGGCGCGUACGGCGCGGACAUAUGUGCGUUCAGCUUAA